AGCAAUACUGAGGACUCGGCACUGUAUGUUGCACCACCGUGUAACAAAAAGAAAUGUAUCUAAUCAGCUGGUGUUGAAGAAAUACAGCAGCUCUAACAAAACGGAGCAGGUAUAGCAGCCCACAUGGCGCUAAGGGAGACCUGGGUGCCUGGCUAUUUCUUAGUGUACAAACACUGGGAUGGUCCCUACACACAGCUACGGGCCCUGGAGUAUAGAUAACACCACCACUGGGAUAAGCCAUGAUUCCCAUCACUGAGCUGCGCUACUUUGCAGACACUCAGCCGGCGUACCGCAUCCUAAAGCCAUGGUGGGACGUGUUCACAGACUACAUCUCCAUCAUCAUGCUGAUGAUCGCGGUGUUCGGGGGAACGCUGCAGGUGACGCAGGACAAGAUGAUCUGCUUGCCCUGCAAGUGGGUGGUCAACAAGACCUGCGACACCUACUCGUCCAGGAAAUACUUCAACACCACCCUCUCCUCAACUCCGCUACUCCUGGAGCCCAGGGGGAUCCAGUACGACCUGGACCGGCACCAAUACAAUUAUGUGGAUGCUGUCUGCUACGAGAACAAGCUGCACUGGUUUGCUAAGUACUUUCCUUACCUGGUGCUGCUUCACACGCUUAUCUUUCUGGCCUGUAGUAACUUCUGGUUCAAAUUUCCCCGCACCAGUUCAAAACUAGAACAUUUUGUAUCCAUUCUACUUAAGUGCUUUGACUCCCCCUGGACGACAAGGGCUCUGUCAGAGACGGUGGUGGAGGAGAGUGACCCGAAGCCACCAGGUAAGAUGAACGGGUCCAUGGACAAGAAGGCAUCCUCUGUCAGUGAAGAUGUAGAGGCUAGCAUACCCAUGCUCCAGAGGACCAAGUCCCGCAUCGAGCAAGGCAUUGUGGACCGCUCAGAGACCGGGGUCCUGGACAAGAAGGAAGGGGAGCAGGCCAAGGCCCUGUUUGAGAAGGUGAAGAAAUUCCGCAUACACGUGGAAGAGGGGGACAUCGUCUACCGGCUCUACAUCCGGCAGACCAUUAUCAAAGUCAUCAACUUCAUCCUGAUCAUAUGCUAUACAGGAUACUAUGUUCGCAACAUUCAGUUCAGCGUGGACUGCAGUGUGGACAUCGAAAACCUCACGGGUUACCGCAUGUACCGUUGUGCCCAUCCCCUAGCCACCCUCUUUAAGAUCCUAGCAUGUUUCUACAUCAGCCUGGUGGUGGUCUAUGGCCUCAUCUGCAUGUACACUCUCUGCUGGAUGCUGAGCCGCUCCCUGAAGAAGUACUCGUUUGAGUCGAUCCGGGAGGAGAGCAGCUACAGCGACAUCCCCGACGUGAAGAACGACUUUGCCUUUAUGCUGCACAUGAUUGACCAGUAUGACCCACUCUAUUCCAAACGCUUCGCUGUCUUCCUCUCCGAGGUGAGCGAGAACAAGCUGCGGCAACUCAACCUGAACAAUGAGUGGACGCUGGACAAGCUGAGGCAGAGGAUUACCAAGAACUCACAGGAGAAGCUGGAACUGCACCUCUUCAUGCUGAGUGGCAUCCCGGACACUGUGUUCGACCUGCUGGAGUUGGAGGUACUGAAGCUGGAGCUCAUCCCCGAUGUCACCAUCCCUCCCAUCAUUGCCCAGCUCUCCAACCUGAAGGAGAUGUGGCUCUACCACACACCAGCCAAAAUCGAGGCCCCGGCCUUGGCCUUCCUGCGUGAGAACCUCAAGUCCCUGCACAUCAAGUUCACCGACAUCAAGGAGAUCCCCCUAUGGAUCUACAGCUUGAAGAACCUGAGCGAGCUGCACUUGACGGGCAACCUGAGCGCCGAGAACAACCGCUACAUUGUCAUUGAUGGCCUGCGGGAGCUGAAGAGGCUCAAGGUGCUGCGGCUCAAGAGCAACCUGACCAAGCUGCCACAGGUGGUGACUGACGUGGGCGUACACCUGCAGAAGCUGUCCAUCAAUAACGAGGGCACCAAGCUGAUGGUGCUCAACAGCCUGAAGAAGAUGGUGAACCUGACAGAGCUGGAGCUGAUCCGCUGCGACCUAGAGCGCAUCCCGCACUCCAUCUUCAGCCUGCACAACCUGCAGGAGAUUGACCUCAAGGACAACAACCUCAAGACCAUCGAAGAGAUCAUCAGCUUUCAGCACCUGCACCGCCUCGUCUGCCUCAAGCUCUGGUACAACCAGAUCGCCUACAUUCCCAUCCAGAUCGGCACGCUCACCAACCUGGAGAGGCUCUACUUGAACCGCAACAAGAUUGAGAAGAUCCCCAGCCAGCUCUUCUUCUGCCGCAAGCUGCGUUUCCUCGAUCUGAGUCACAACAACCUCACAUACAUUCCGGCAGAUGUCGGUUUCCUCCAGAACCUGCAGUACUUUGCAGUGACUGCCAACAGGAUUGAGACCCUUCCCCCGGAGCUGUUCCAGUGUAAGAAGCUGCGCACGCUGAACCUGGGGAACAACUGCCUGCAGUCGCUGCCAUCGCGUUUCAGCGAGCUGACAUGCCUGACGCAGCUGGAGCUGCGGGGGAACCGGCUGGAGUGCCUGCCCGUGGAGCUGGGUGAGUGCCGCCUGCUGAAAAGGAGCGGCAUCAUCGUGGAGGAGGACCUCUUCAACACACUGCCUUCUGAGGUCAAGGAGCAGCUGUGGAGGGCAGACAAGGAGCAGGCCUGAGAGAGCCACGCCCACACAGGACCCCCGGACUGCAGCUGUCCGUCACGCAUGUAGACGAGCCCCCAUCCCCUGACCCUGGCUCCUCCCCCACUGGGGCACUGAUCUGCCAAAAACCUAGGGGUUAAGGGGGUCAGGAAUUUUAUAUUAAACUAAUCAGAGAGCUCUGUCCUGAAGAUUAAGGUUCUCGUACAUUAAUUGAAUUCACAACUUUGAAAAAUGGAAGGAAAGGCAAGACUAUCCUUGACGAACAGAUUUACGCAUCCGAUUGGCAAUGGAAAGAGGAAAAAUGAAUAUUGCUACUGGGACGGCACUUCUUAGUCUUCUUUGUUUUUUUUUUUUUUAAUUCCUUAUGAAAGCAAGACGCAUGAAAGCAGGAUUGGUGGUAGAAUGCCCAGAGAUCCUGGCACACAUCAGGACCAUGCCGGUCCAGGAGCAUCACAUAGGAGGGCAGGCUGGAGCUGGAAAAGGAGUCUCACCUCUGCCAUGCAUCACGUCUUUACACUGAGGGGGGAAGUAACAGACAUACUGAGGAGAACAUUUUUGGGGAGGGGGCAGUACAUUCCCAUUCUCUGUCGCUGGCACUGUUGCUGUGAAGGGGGUGGGGGCAGGAUGAUCCUGUCUAUUGACUCAUCUCGCAGGGUCACAGCUCCAUAGCUGUCACUAUGGUAACAUUAGGAGAGUGGGGUGUGCCAGUCUGUGUUGCAGAGCAUCAUGAGUGAGAUUGCAUAGCUGCACAUAGAAGUAGCAGGGGUUCUUUCAGUGCAUUUAAAAAGAUGUUGUGCCAGCCCUACACCACAUGCCAAGAAGGAAAUGCCUCCUUAUCUUCUCUACAGUAUCCUCCAGUUUCUCUGAAACACUGUAAAUGGGAGAGACAUGUACAGCAACAAGCAAUAUGUGCGUUGGAUGUGGUUUCCAGCACUACUUGCAGGAUAUAUCAUGUUCCCAACAUGCAGUGACCCUGACAGUAUAGUUCCAGAUUUAGAGGAAAUGUGACAUCACUGAUGUUUGAGGUGCUGAUUACAGUACGCACACACCAUGGAACAACUGGAGAGCCUGUUGCAUUUAUGGACGUUAAAAAUCUAAACAGUAGGAUUCUGUAAGCAAAUUCUUUAGGAAAUGUUUCAUACGAAUGUCUGACUGUUUAUACAGUGUAUUCCUCCUUGGUGUUGAAAGAUCUCCCCUUGUUGUGACUCUGGUUGAGUAACCUUGUCUUAGGUUUAAAAGGGAAUAGGUACAGGUGACUUAGCUGAAGAACAGCUAAUAAGUCUAGAUACUAAUAUUGGCCUUAACUUGCAUUUGCUGCAUGUCUUGGGUUGUUAUAGGGACUGGGAAGUUUCUGUUGGUAUUUUUUAAAAUAAUUAUUAAACCAAAUGCAUAUAUUUAGUCAUCAAUAAUCAUAGCGUUAUCCUGGUAAACCAACACUUAAAAUGCUCAUACUUUCAGCCUUAGAAUGAAAGUAUGAAAUUACUUUUUGAGGCAGAUGUUAGAUUAUCACCUCUUGAGAAAUAAACAACAAAUUGAUACGCAAUUAAUCAAACCCCUGUUGCAGUGAGCAUGUCUCUUGGAUCCUGCGUAGCACAGUUGGAUGCUGCACACAAUCAUUGGGAUGGUGAGCCUGGACCUCUCUGUGUAGAGCAAAAGCAGGGACCCCUUUACAUGCUACUCGUGUGUUUGAUGUUGCAGAUUUGUCCAAGUAGUCACAGACUUUGAUGACUUUUUUAUAAUACGAUAAUGGAUUGCAUUUACAUUUCUUUUUUUUAUUGAUUAUGUCAAUGUGUUUCUAAGCAUAAUUCUGUUUACGAACCUGAAGGGGCCCCUGGUCCUCAGGCUGAAAUGGCUGUAUGUGACUGACUAUUUUAGUUUUAUGAAAGAAAAAAAAAGAUCAAAAGGCUUCAUUCAGUCCUGCUUUGUCAAUGGGAAGGAGUAAGGCAGGCCCUGCACCAGCAACAUGUUUACGCCAAUAGGCACUGAACAAGGCACCCGCUUGUGGGUAAAGCGUGGGCAACGACCACAGAGCAAAGGAACAAUGGUGUCCCCGCUGGUCCUGGUGUGGGUGGCAAUCACAGAGGGAACAGGACAUUACAUGUUCCUCUCUGAUCUGUGCUGGGGGGCUGAGGCCUUGCCUGAGAGCAUAUUCAAAUGAGUCCUUUGCAUUAAAAACAGCCGUGGCCUCGAGGAUUGUGCUGUGUCGCACCCCAAACAUGCCCAUGUGUCAUCCAGUAUCGUUUAGUCUAGUCUUGAUCAGUCCAACCUUAGCUGGAAGAGGCAUUAUUUCAGGGCAUCAAGGACUGGAUUGAAAACUCAGUUGAUGCUCAGAUCAGCCAGUUAUGGGAGCCCACCAACUGAUUCAAGUGGAUUACAGCCAUCCAAUCAACCUGGAAUCUGUGGUGCUCUCACACAUCACUCUCUUAACCAGAAAUGCUCUGUCAAGCCACCUUUCAGUCAUUGAUCAUUUCUGAUAUCUGGCAGAACACAGAGAUCAGCUGUUCUGGGGGAAUUCGCAUCAAAUGUAUCAUAUUGCUUUCUAAGUUGUAUUUAAUACAUAGUUAUCUCAUAUUAUCAAAAUAUUUAAAACAAGGUGGAUUUUUAUUUUUUAUCACAACCAUAUCUCCAGUUCCCCCUUCUUGUUUUAGAUACCUUUUCUGGUAUCCUCUCACAACCUAAAGAUAGGCGAUCUGACCUUCUCUUGUGCAGACUAAAAUAAAGUGUUAUUUUUUUUUUCAAAAGGACAGCCUGGCCUCUCUGACCUCUGAGGCAGUGUGAGCACCUCGGGAAAUGGGUGGACUGCUUUACAAAAGGUCACCUCUCUCCUUCACAAGUCAUUAGAAAUGAAGGAGAGGACUGUUUUUCAAGAGACCGUUGCUCUUAGUAGCAGUGAAUCGGGACAACAGAGCAAAGAGCAAACAAUGAAGGAAAGUCAAUCAGAUGUUUGACUGCUCUCUCUCUAAUAAACUUUGGCCCAUAGACCCAGACAAGACCAGUAACGUGUUUACUCUACAGUAUAACAAAUGGGGAAAUGUAAGUAACACAUUCUGUCUGUUGAUCAAGACUGACUCGUUCCUCUACAGAAAUGGAAUCUUCGUUGCUUAGUUGUGAUUCUUUCAGUGUAAUGCCUGUUAGAGAAUCACUAAAUUGGCUCUGUGCUGUUUUGAGUGCACACUGAGAGCUACACUGAAUUGCAUAAAACAUUGCAACAUUAUGCCAAGACUUAGCUUUGCAUGUUCCUUUUGAAAACUAAACACUACAAGCAAAUGAGUUAGCUGUCUUCCCAUGAUGAAAUUUCUUGUGUUCAGUGUUUAUUAAAUAUAUUUUCUUCUCAGCAAAAUGUUUGUUGGAGGGGCUUAAAGUUGUCAAACAAAAAUGCAACAGAAAAAGGGACAUAACAUUUUGCACAUUUUCUUUUAAAAAGUGAUUUAUUUUGAUAUGGAUCUGUACAGCAAUGCACUGCUCACAUGUGCAGUGUCUGCAUUUUACCUUGCGUGUUUAUAGCUCCCCCUUGUGUGAGGCUUGGUGACCAGUUUGAAAGUCUGCUGUUGACAAUA